GUUGCUGUAGUGGUGCUGAUUAGGAAAGUCAUAUGUGUCUCUGUAAGUGGUCGAAGUCCAUUGGGAAGGUAGGGAGACCUUGAGGAAUUAUCUGGUGUUGUUCUGCUUAGCAGAAAAUUAUGCGAUAAAACCGGUGAUAUACACACGCUGCUUUGAGAACAUUUGAUAAGCAGAGUAACCCAAGAUGGCACUGAGAAGGAUAGCGCUGAGACUGCUGAGUGGUAGAAGUCAUUUAUUGUUCAGUACGGUUCCGACUCGGGGUGCAGCAACACAACAUAAAGCAUCCAAAGUGCAGUUUGACUGGCGAGAUCCACUUCUUCUCGAGGGACAGCUUACAGAGGAGGAAAUAAUGAUUCGUGAUUCAUUCCGAUCAUAUUGCCAGGAGAAGCUGAUGCCACAAAUCCUGAUGGCUAACAGAAAUGAAGUGUUUGACCGAGGUAUUUUGUCUGAGAUGGGGCAGCUAGGAGUUCUGGGUUCUACUAUUAGAGGUUAUGGUUGUGCUGGUACUACAUAUGUGGCUUAUGGUUUGCUUGCUCGUGAACUGGAACGGGUGGACAGUAGCUACAGAUCUGUUAUGAGUGUCCAGUCUUCACUUGUUAUGUACCCCAUUCAUGCCUAUGGAACCGAAGAACAGCGACAGAAGUACCUGCCCAAACUAGCAAAAGGUGAACUUGUUGGCUGUUUUGGUCUUACGGAGCCCAAUCAUGGUAGUGAUCCUGGCAGUAUGGAGACGAGAGCACGCUACAACUCCUCCAGUAAGACAUACAUCCUCAGCGGAUCAAAGACUUGGAUCACCAAUUCUCCCAUUGCUGAUUUGUGUAUAGUAUGGGCAAAAUCUGAGGAUGGGAAGGUAAGGGGAUUUAUUGUGGAGAGAGGAGCCAAAGGUCUCUCCACACCCAGAAUAGAGGGAAAGUUUUCUCUACGAGCUUCUGCCACAGGCAUGAUCAUUCUAGAUGAUGUGGAAAUUCCAGAAGAGAAUCUUCUUCCAAACAUAACAGGUCUUGCUGGCCCAUUUGGCUGUCUCAACAAUGCUCGUUAUGGCAUUUCCUGGGGUGCCCUUGGUGCAGCAGAAUCCUGUUUUCAUAUAGCCAGGCAGUACACCUUGGACAGGAACCAGUUUGGUGUGCCUAUUGCCAGAAAUCAGCUGAUCCAAAAGAAGCUCGCAGACAUGAUAACAGAGAUUACUAUUGGUCUCCAGGCUUGCCUACAGCUGGGACGUCUUAAGGAUCAAGAUAAAGCCACCCCAGAGAUGAUCUCCAUGCUGAAACGAAACUCUUGUGGAAAGUCACUGGAGAUUGCACGCCAGGCCCGAGACAUGCUUGGAGGGAAUGGAAUUUCUGAUGAAUAUCAUAUUAUCCGACAUGUUAUGAAUCUGGAAGCAGUGAACACCUACGAAGGUACACACGAUAUACAUGCUUUAAUCCUGGGCCGGGCAAUCACAGGACUACAGGCCUUCACUGUUGGGAAGUAGAAUUUGUUAACAGAAAAAUAGUAUUUUAUGACCUGAAGGCAAAGGAUUGGUUGCUGCUGUCAACAUUUUGAACAGUCAAAGCUUUAUUUGAUCCCAUUUUUCAUAAUCAGAAACAAGUAAAACAUAAGAGUGUUCUCAGCUCAAUAUGUUGUUUGAAUACUUAAUCCUGAGUUACAUUUACUCAGCCAGUGACCUGGAGUUUGUAUUGAUAUCUUCAGUUUAGAUUAUGCUUAAUUCUUAUGGACUUGCUGACCAGCUAUCAUUGUAAUAUUCAGUACUUGUAAUAGUCUGGGCCAAUGAAUUUGAUAAAAUGUAAUCACAUGCAUCUAGAUUAUAUCAGUGCAGUCAGACUCUGCAAAUGUACAAGACUUGAAUGAAUGUCAUCUGUUGCCUUUAUGCUGCUCAAGCGUUGGAAUACACAGACAAGAGAAGUACGGCAUCAGGCCUUCACUUGAUAGUGCAAGUUCUAAAUGAAUUCAGUACAAUAGUGCCUUAGAUUUGAUGCAUCUGAAAUGUCUUCUGACUGCUAAGAUUUACAGUUCAGAUUUUACAUGUAGGCAUAUGUGUUUCCAUUACUUAUUAGAGGCAACCUGCUUUUCUGUUGUCUUGGAAAAACAGAGCCAUUAAAGGGCUUGUUUGAACUCUGGAGUGAAACCCUUAGGUCACACUAAAACAUUUAACUGGCAAGUAUGCUGACAGUACCUUUAUGCCUGCAUUUGAAUCAAACCCUCUUGAUUUAGCAUCUGAUGUGCACCGUUCACAUGUACUGCUUCUUUGAACAUAUGUUUGUUUCCCAAACUGACUGCAGCUUUGUGACCAUUACUGUAAUCCUUGAAAGAGAGAAGUGUACUACACCUCUGAGAUCUUCAUUUGGAAGAAAUGUACACCACUCAGGUGUUUACUGCUGCUUUCAGCACAGUAUUGCUCAAAUAGUGUAUCUUGUACAAUUUUGUAUUUCAGUCUUUAGGGUUUCUUUAAUUAAUUUUGCAUUUUCAUUGAGCAGAACAAAACUAGAAUUAUAAGGAGGUGCUACACUCUUUUUGUUGCAUACUGUGGAAUAUUUGUGUAAAUUCCAAAAUGAAUAAUAUUGUUUAUGGGCUAACUUUAUAAGCCACAUUUUUAGCAGAAAUAAACUUUUGAAAUACA